ACUUUUCUUCUCAUCUCUCUUUUGGGUAUUUUGUUGUGGUAUUCAUUUCUAGAAAAAAUAUUAUAUUCUGUAUUUCAACAAAUGAAGAAGAUUACUUUAUUAUCUGGAAUUUUGUUUCUUAUUGGAUAUUCUGAUGCAGAGGUUUUUGAAAGUCAAAAUGUUCGAGUUAAACGGAACGAUUUCACAAACAACUAUGGCUAUGGACCAUUCGGAAUAGGACCUACAAAUGGAGGAUUUGAUAGUUAUGGGUUUUAUAGAGACAAGUUCUAUAAUUCAGGACUUCCUCCACUUUAUUCAUUUGCUUCUUAUCGUAAUUAUUAUCACGAAAUUUCAUUCCACAAGAACAAAUACGGACAGCCAGCGCCUACGGAUUUCGAAACUUUACAGCAGGAAAGAUACGGACCAUAUUACGAUGGAGUCUGGGGAUACGCGGAUCAUUCGAAAAAUUGGUUUGGAAAACGUUAAAUUUGUUGUUUUUACUUCUGUUUUUUUCUCAAAUUAAUAAAAUUAAUUCAAUUUUU